AUGUCUGAGUACCAACAUGAAGAUGUGUUUGGCAUGAAAACACAUUUGAUCAAUGGAGUAGAUUUGACUUUGAAAUUGUACAGAUCAUCACCUGCUUUCUGUUUGAUGAGUGGUAAAGCUAAAGAAGAGUAUACCAUUGAGUUACUCGAUGCAUAUCUCCAAAUAUGCAAACUCAAAGUCAACCCGGCACUGAACCUAGCUCAAAACACCCUGUUCCAAAAUAACUCCAAUGCACUCUAUCCUUUCACUAAGUCUGAGGUCAAGAUCAACAGCAUCCCCGUUUCUCAACUGACGCACACCAUUGAUACUGUGUCCAACCCCAUUGCUAACCGCUACAUCAUUGGCUUUUUGGAAAGCAAGAGUUUGAAUGGGGCACAUGAUGGGAAUCCUUUCAACUUUCAAUCAAGCAUGCUCAAAACUGUCAGCCUCUAUGUGAAUGGUGUCAGUGUACCUGGACGUCCAACCCGUGCUGAUGAUGUGAACAGCUAUGUGAACAUGUUUGAUGGUUUGGGACUUUGGAGAGAAAAUCGAGGAAACUGCAUUUCCAGAUGA